AUGAUUGUGGCUGCUACUUCCACGUACUCCGUGCCAUUGUUGGUGUCUGGAGCCACGAUUGUUAGUGGUGCCCUGCUCUACCUGGUGAUUCUCUUCCAUGAACGCAAUAAAUUGAAAAAAUUAACCGCCAAGGAAAGAGAAGGUGAUGCUAAAGGCAAGGUGUGA